AUGGUAUUCAAGAAAUGGAGGACAUGUAGUUUUGGGGAUAAGCACAAGGGGGUUGAAGUGGAAAAGAUACUGCAAACCCUUUGCAUGCUGACGAAUGUUCAGAGCAAGGGAUGGUUGUUCUCCGGGAUCUUUGCUAGGGAAGAUCAAACAGCUUAUCAUCGAGAUGCUGCUGACUUCCAUCCGAACUUCAUGGUUGUACCUUGCUAG